UCGAGGUCCAGAAUUUUCACCAUCUUUUUACCGCCAUUCUUUCUGCUACAAUGCUUGCUCAUGAGGACCCUCUCGAGUUACAGACCCACUCAACUCUUUUCUCUUUGUCUCUCUCUCUCUCCCUCACACCCACACCCCCCAAAAGCUUCAAAUUACCCGAUUUUUUAGUCUCUAACCCGCAAAGGAAUGGCACAAUAUAUACAAGAACUAUUGAGGGCGAGAAAAUAUCCAUUUCUCUGUGCUUUGUUUGUCUUGCUUGUCUGCGUCUGGGUUCUUCUCUACACAAACGAUCGAUACCCUUCUCUAUCUGCUACCAAUUUCGAGAAUUCUCAAGCAAUCUCUUUGUCUCCUACUCAUGCAUCAGGCUCUCCUCCUCCUCCUCCUCCACCACCACCACCUUCACCUCCACCUCCUCCAAUCUCAAAGACUGUCAAGAAAGCUAAACCCAAGCAAGCUGACGUCCCUUCCUUGGAUGGGAUCUCUAGUGGCAGCAAUGGACUGAACUCGAUUAGCUGGGAGUCCUGUAAAGUUCCAGUUUCUGUUGAUUACAUACCGUGCCUUGACAACAUGAAAGCCAUAAAGGCGUUGAAGUCAAGAAGCCAUAUGGAACACAGAGAGCGGCAUUGCCCCAAACCUAGCUUGCUGUGUUUGGUUCCUCUUCCGCAGGGGUAUAAAACCCCGGUCCUGUGGCCUAGGAGCAGGGAUAUGAUUUGGUUUAACAAUGUCCCUCAUCCUAAACUCGCUGAGUACAAGAAAUCCCAAAACUGGGUUCGGGUAUCUGGUGAUUACUUUGUUUUUCCUGGAGGUGGUACUCAGUUUAGAGGAGGAGUGGCGAGCUAUGUCAAGUUUAUAGAAAAGACUCUACCAGUUAUUGGAUGGGGGAAGCACACAAGGGUUGUCCUAGAUGUUGGCUGUGGUGUGGCUAGCUUUGGUGGCUACUUGCUAGAAAAAAAUGCCAUUACCAUGUCAUUUGCCCCAAAGGAUGGACAUGAAGCUCAGAUACAGUUUUCUCUAGAACGGGGAAUUCCGGCAAUUCUUGCUGUCAUUGGGACACAGAGAUUGAAUUUUCCUGAUAAUGUAUAUGAUUUGAUUCACUGUUCACGAUGUAGGGUUCACUGGUAUGAAGAUGGUGGAAAGCCAUUAUUGGAGCUCAACCGGAUUCUUAGGCCAGGAGGGUUUUUUAUAUGGUCUGCAACACCAGUUUAUCGUGAUGAUGAAAAGCAUCGGAAUGUUUGGAAUGCCAUGGUAGCAUUGACAGAAUCUAUCUGCUGGAAGAUGGUGGAAAAAGCUGUGGAUUCAGCUGGUAUUGGGCUUGUAAUAUAUCAGAAACCUGUCUCAAAUUCUUGCUAUGAAGAACACAAAGAAAGAAUCAUUCCUUUGUGUCAUCAAAAGGAUAGAAACAAAAUUUCAUGGUAUACACCCCUUGACAGUUGUCUUCUCCCACUGUCAGCAGCUGGAUCACUCAGUGACCACAACUGGCCCACACACUGGCCUGUAAGGCUCAGCAGUAAACCUCCAAGUCUAUCAAUGGAACCGAGUGCUGAAAAAUUAUUCUAUGAGGACAGUAAAUACUGGUCUGCGCUUGUAUCAGAUGUUUACUUGAAUGGCUUGGGCAUUGACUGGUUGAGAAUUAGGAAUGUGAUUGAUAUGAAUGCUGGUUAUGGAGGAUUUGCUGCAGCACUUAUUGGUCAACCCCUUUGGGUAAUGAAUGUUGUCCCUGUUGAUGGACCAGAUACUCUACCUGUAAUUUUUGACAGAGGGUUGAUUGGAGUUUAUCAUGAUUGGUGUGAGGCUUUCAGCACGUACCCUCGGACUUAUGAUAUUCUACACUCAAGUAACCUAUUUGGAAAUCUUACACAAAGUCACUGCAUUGGGAGACCAGUCUACACGAAGGGCUGCUUCUUGUUGGUAGAAAGGGUUUCUGGCGUCCCACUGAUGCAGGAUCCAGUAGAUGACCAGAGGUGCCAGUCUUUCCCUCCAUAUAAUUUUUCUAGUUGCUUUAGUAGUUUCCAUAGUGUGGCUGAGGCAUUUAGCGCAACUUGUCUGUGUGGAUAUGGGGCUACAGGAUCUGUACUACACUUACAUGUUUCAUUUCUGUAGGAUCAUAAUUAUGAAAACUAUGUGCUUUUAGUUUAUUCAUAAGCACUUAUAAUUUAACAAUGGAAUCCCAUAUAGUUGGGAUACUUGGAUGAUGAUAAUAAUGUAGUUUUAGCGUAUUCAUUGGAAAGUAAGAAAUAUCUAUAGAAGCUGACUGAGA